GCUACCAAAAAAAGGGCAGACAGAUAUUUGGCGUGUAGAGAGAUAGGGAGGGUGUUGUUGGGAGCACAUUUUGGGAGGGGUUUCACAUUGGGGAGAGAUAGAGAAGCUCUGGAUUCCACCUCUACCCGUCCUUGGUGACGGUGGUUAUGCCGGUUGGCUUUCAGCCAAAAUGUGCUUUUAAGUACUUUGUCCACCAAAAACGAGUCAAUCCAAAUGGCCUCUAUGUUUUGGAUUUUGCAAGUAUGCACUCGGUUGUGCUGGACUUGGAUUUAGAGGGCUACGUUUUCCUUUCUAAGACAUGGAGGAAGCGCUCUUCUGGUCAAAUAGCCACCAGUAUCUGGUUUUUCCAUUCCAAGAAGUGCUUGACUGGCGGUUUCUCAUCCGUGGAGAUUUUCUUUUGGUUUCCUUUGUUAAUUGCACUUAAUGGUCAUUUUUGCUUUAAUGAUCAGUACAGGAGGCGUGAUGCAAAUUUCUAAGAUAGGUGUUGGAUCUUUAGUGCACUCUUACAAUGCAUUGCUGAUACAACAUCCAGUCAAAACUAUUGGGAAUAUACGUCUUCCAGGGGUUGAAGUCUGCAAGUAAACAGUUGAAGGUUCUUUGCUUAGUGCUAGAUAACCUGUUGCGUCAAUCCUGUGCAGGCUGUAGUUAGUUAUCAUUCCAACUUUUGCUGCUGAUGGGUACUGGUUAGAGCUGGAGAUGUCCGUUAACUGAAAAUUCUGCUCAAUUUCUGCAUAGUGUAGAUGAGUUAGAGCCAAAUACUGGGCCAUUGAGUGACUGUGUUGAGCUUAGGUUCCUUAACUGGAUCAAUCAUUCUUCUCGGUUCGACCUUUCAUGUCAGUAUGUUCUAUGGAACUUAUCUUCAAGUCCAAAUCUAUGCGUUGGUACAUUUUUGAAGCUGCAAGUUUCAAAAUGAAUAAGGCUCGGCCCAUCCAUCAAGAUAAUUCUUAUUUUCUGCUCAUGCUGGUUUUGAGAAGAAAUUAAUGGUGGAUUUGGCUGGACUAUCAAAACAGUAUUUUAGUAGUUUUUAGCUUUUAUUAGGAAUCUUCUGACAGAAGAUAAAUGCCACAUAUAUCUUUCGGGAGUUCUUAUACUUGUCUUGAAUAAAGGAGCGGAUUGUGUUCAACAGAAAUAAUGGAGAGGUACAAGUUGAUCAAGGAGGUUGGUGAUGGAACUUUUGGAAGUGUGUGGCGAGCUAUCAAUAAGCAGACUGGUGAAGUUGUUGCAAUUAAAAAAAUGAAAAAGAAAUAUUAUUCGUGGGAGGAAUGCAUAAACUUGAGGGAAGUGAAGUCUUUGAGAAGAAUGAACCAUCCGAAUAUCGUGAAGCUUAAGGAAGUCAUCAGAGAAAAUGAUAUGUUAUACUUUGUUUUUGAGUACAUGGAAUACAACCUUUACCAACUCAUGAAAGAUAGACAAAGGCUGUUCACCGAAACUGAAGUCAGGAAUUGGUGUUUCCAAGUUUUUCAAGGUCUUGCUUACAUGCACCAGCGUGGAUAUUUUCAUCGUGACCUUAAACCAGAGAACUUGUUGGUGACAAAAGACGUAAUCAAAAUUGCUGAUUUUGGACUUGCACGGGAGAUAAUUUCGCAUCCACCAUAUACAGAAUACGUCUCAACGCGAUGGUACCGGGCUCCUGAGGUUCUGCUUCAGUCAUACCUAUAUAGCUUAAAAGUUGAUAUGUGGGCUAUGGGAGCUAUCAUGGCUGAAUUGUUCACUUUAAGACCCCUCUUCCCUGGUGCUAGUGAAGCAGACGAAAUCUAUAAAAUAUGCAGUGUAAUAGGCAGCCCGACAAAGGAUACGUGGGCUGAUGGGCUCAAUCUUGCUAGGGCCAUUAACUACCAAUUUCCUGAGCUCCCUGAUGUACCUCUCUCAAGUUUGAUACCUUCUGCAAGUGAGGAUGGAAUCAGUCUUAUUACAUCACUUUGUUCUUGGGAUCCGUCCAAGAGGCCGACAGCUGCAGAAGCGCUUCAACACCCUUUCUUUCAGAGUUGCUUUUAUGUUCCACCAUCCCUUCGUUCUAGAGCAGCUCUUACUAGAACCCCUCCAUCUGCUGGAGCAAGGGGAGCACUGGAGCAGCCAUAUAUUAGGAGGUAUUCAGGGCCUUUGGCUAAUGCUAAGCUUGCUAACAACCAUUCUACUUCUAAGUUUAAUGCUUCCCUGAGCACAGGUCUUCAACGUAAGCUGGAUAUGGCAAAUCAGGAUGGAGACAAGAGUGAUAAAUCCUUAAAGGGCUCUGUCAAACAACCUAAAUACCGACCCCCAGGAAAGAAAAGUCCAUCCUCCAUGAGCAAGUGUAGAACUGUGCGAGGAGUGUCAGACACAUCAGAGAAGUUGGCAAAUAUGACAAUAGGAUCCCGCCGACAGCCUGGGGUGCAGCUGAGGCAACCUCCACCAAUGAAGGCUGGGGUGCAAUGGAUUGGAGAAUCUGGUGACUUGUUUCUCAGACCAACCCAGAAUAUUCAAGCUGGUAAUGCUUACUCAAGGAAAGUAGCAGGAUGAUACAUGAACUCUCAGUACUCUUAAAAAACGUUUUAUAUAUAUAUAUAUAUAUAUAUAUAUAUAUAUUAUAUGCAGAAUGGCAGUGACAUAAAUAAGGCGGAUUUACCUUUCUGACUGUUUGCAAGUAAACCUACAUAUGCUUGUUAUGGUGUGGCGUGUGAUGUGUCCAGUUCUACAAGGAAACUUCAUCUGCUUCCAUCUUGAUGGUUUUACGA